UCAUCAAGAGCUCAGUCUAGCAUUUAGAUAGGGUCUUGUGAGACUUUGUAAAGCUUUUUAGCAUUUUUAAAAAAAAUAAAUAAGUUUCUCUUUAGGUGGCCUCAAGAAAAGAGUUUUUCCUCUCUUUUUUUCUUCAUUUCUUCUCCCCUUCCGGACUGGGCUGAAGGACAAGAAGGCUAAGUUUGGUGUUGUGUGAAAGACCAACCCUGCCAGGAAAAGUUAAUCAAAUAUAUUGAAAAGCCGCUGCUUCAGGUCAUCAAAUAUAAAAGCAACAACUGUACGGACACUUACGCUGAAGAAGAGGUCACUUUUUCUAUCCGCCAUGCAACCUCGGGACGAACUACAGGAGGCCUUAAUGUGCUACACCAAAGAUACACUCAGCUACAUUAACAUAGUUACACAAUUCUGUGAGGACCUCCCUCAAUGGACCAAAGCAAGGAGGACAGAGCUGACGAAGAUAAAGGACGACUUGACUGCUGUGCUAAAGGACACUCUGGGAGGCCUGAAGAAGCUGGACUGCUUCCUGGAUGCAGUGGAGAAGCUGGCGGUCACCUCACUUCAUGUGUUCAAGAAGGAGAAUCAAGUGUUACAGCUGCCCAGAGGGAUCAGCUGUGAACAGGUUCAGGUUGUCAUCUCUUCUGCACGGCAAAUCUGCCCACUCCUCCUCAAGUUUAAAAGAGAUGCAAGUGUCUUCUUCCUUCCCAAACUUCAGAACGUGGAAGUGUUGUCAUAUCAGCUGGACAAAUACAUUGAGACCACCCAGAGCAUCUGUGACAAGUUAGAGAAAAGUGAUUUUCCCUUAAGAAUGACUACAGAAACGACGUUAGACCUCGAUGUGGAUUUGUCUGAAGAUGACAUACAAAGGAUGCUUCAUCACAUUAAUCAGCUUGAAAAAAUCAGGAUGGACCAGGACUUCCGGAUGGUGUUCUUGUUUCAGGGGAAAUCAUGUUCUGUUUUCACCAGUGAGUUCAGCAAGCGACAGCCCAAGAUGCUGCAGUUUCUGCACAAGCUGGAGGAGUGUGCUGUUCAGCUAGACGAGAUGAAUAAGGGGGCAAAGAUCUCCAGUGUGGCAGGCAGCUCAGUGGGGGCAGUUGGAGGCGUGCUUUCAAUAGUUGGUUUGGCAUUAAUUCCUUUCACAGCAGGAGUGUCCCUAGGUCUGUUGAUAGGUGGGACAGCGCUGGGAAUUACCAGUGGGGUCAACAGUGUUGUCACCGCAGCCACAGAGAUCGGAGUAAACUAUACACAACAAAAGAGAGCCAGUGACGUCUUCCAGAGCUUCAUGAAGGAUGUGCAGGUUCUCCAGGAUUGUCUGGAGGACGUGACCAGUCAAACAGUCCCCAAUGUAGAACCAAGUAUGAAAGAUGUGGGUAAGGGAGUAGACAUGCUGGGUCUUAAAGUUCGUGGUAUUGUGAAAAAAAGCACUAAACUGAAGGAUGAUGUUGACGCUGCUGCUAAGCUGAGGAGAGGUGAAGAGCUGAUUACAAGUGCUGGCCAGGCAGGUAAAACAUUACGUAAUGUGCCCAGGGCAGCCUCAGAAAUCUCAGAUAUCGGUCAGGUAGCAGUCAAAGGGUCACUUGCACUCUCCAAGGCAGCCAGGUUCUGUGAAAUCGCAGUCAGUGGUCUUUUCCUUGGCCUAGAUAUCUACUUCAUCUGUACAGACAGCAUCAGUCUGGCCAAAGGCAGCGAGACUGAAGUCUCACAGCUCAUCAGAGCCAGAGCUGCACUUUGGAGGUCAGAGAUUGAGUCAUUGCAGAAGAUCCAUGACUCCCUGUGCAAAGGUCAGCUGACAUCAGAGGAAAAACGAGCUGUCCUGGAAAACGAGCUGUGCCCUUUUAGCCUGAGAUGAAGAAAAAUAACGCUCAGUAUGCCAUUUUCCUAGUCUUUGAACUAGAUUUAGAUGCAUUUUAUAUAAAAAUCCUGCACACAGCAGAAAUUGAUCACUGAUCAUCAUUCCAGCGUAUCUUUCAGAAAUUCUUACUUAGCUGUGAUUCUUAUUAUGUAAACCAUUUCACUCUUAAAGCUUUUUAAUAAUUAUAUAGCCAGUAUGUCUUUUGUUCCUUGUCAAAUUUUAUAUACCUUAACUUUUGCUAUGAUUAAGAUGACAUUAGUAUAUGCAUAUGACAUUUAUUACUGAAUACUUUAUCUGAGAUUCAUUGUAUGUAUUAUUAAUACAAAUGAAUAUGUUGGCUGUUAAACUUAGAUUUAACGUAAAUUAGUAUUUACUGAUUAUCUGAAACUUUUAGAUUGGAUUAUAUUAUCAGUGCCUUUAUCAUCAUGCACAGUUUGUUGAGAAACUGGUUUUGCUGGAUUACCUGUUUUGCCUAUCUUUAAAAUGUUUCAUUGUUGCAAUGCUUAAAUUCUAUAAUGUUAUCUUGAUUUAUUUUCUGUAACACCAAUUUCAAGGACAAGCUCUCUUCUGUACCCCUGACCUGAUAAAAGACUUGUAUUAUAACUAAUUAAUCCAAAUAAAUUUAAACUGUGCACAUGCAAA